GGCUGGAUGUGUAGCCUCGGACACGGAGUGGUCUUCGUCUGCCGGGCUGACCCGGCUGGGGGAGGCCCUGCGGCGCCACAUGGUGUCGACGGAGCCACUUGCUACGGAGGCCGCGCUCGAGGCACUGGCCAGGCUGGCCAAUGUCCAGGGCGAGCUGGGAGCGGUGCAGGCGGGCCGCGUGUGCCAGUGGCUGGAGCUCCACGCCCUCCCCCGCUUCCUCUGGGGCUGCCUGGACUGCACCGACGGAGGGGUGCGGGCAGCCGCCCUCUCGGCCCUGGCCAGGCUCUGCCUGCAGCCACAGCUCUGCCAGCUCCUGCUGUCUACCCUGCAGCUCAGCCAGUCCGAAGUGGUGGAGCGCGUUGCCCAGACAGCCCACAACGACGCGGAUGUGUUCGCGCGCCGCGCGGCGAUGGCAGCACUCUCCUUGUGGGUCGGGUGGGACCGCCUCGCGCCAGACUGCUGCUCCGCCGCUCGACGGUCCGCCUCCCGAGCUCUGGCCCGGGACCUCGACUCGGAAGUCCAGCUGUCCGGAUUGGCGACCUGGCGGACUUGCCUCGACACAAAUCUCGACGGCCUAGCGGAGCGCACCGAGGCAUCCGCGAGGCAGGUGCUGGGCAAAGCCGACGCCGACGGACUCGGGAGCGCCGUGGAGAGUGUGUUGUGCACCGACUCUGACGCCCGCGUCAGGAGCGAAACGGAACGUCUGCUGCGCGACCUGCACGACAGGCUGACCCGGGAGUUUGCUUUCACUGCUUCUGGAGCAUUUCCCUAUCGGAAGCGAGUGAAACUGAAAGUGAAGGCUUAA